CUAUGGAGGUUGAUCCACAACAUUCUUCCCACUGGAAAGAAUAUAGCAGAGAGAAAGGAGGAUGCAGCGUCUGAAUAUCCAUUAUGUAACCUAGAGGAAACACAGGAACACAUUUUCCUCGAGUGUCAAUGGGAAACCAGAAUAUGGAUACCCACAGAGUUCCGUUGUCUAUUCGAAAUGGGGGGAAACCUGUCCUGUGGUUCAUGGCUAUGUGAGGUUAUGGAAAAGGUGGAUGAUGAAUUGGUGGAACAACUAGGUAUGAUACUAUGGUACUUGUGGAAUGAACAAAACAAUCACUUGUUCAACAAUAAGAAGAUGGAAGACACAGCGAGCCCUAAAUCAUUGGGAGGAUUUCAAAUCUCAACACGAGCAGGGAGUUCUAGAGAAGACGGAGGCAGUGCUUACCUUGAAGAAGCCCCCGCCGGGGUGGAUCAAAGUCGAUGUCGACGCUGCAAUUUUCUUCGGAAAUGCGAGGGAUUUGGAGCGGUGGCUCGGGAUGCAUCGGGUUCUUUCCUUGGAGCAUCAGUCCGCAGGGAGCGAGUUGAGUGGCCAGCUGAAAUGGCUGAACUCCGAGCCAUGGAUCUUGGCCUACAGCUGGCAGAGAAAUUGGGGCAGCAGGCGGUGAUAAUCGAGUCAGACUGCCAACAAGCCGUCUUCAAACUGCUUGGGGAGGAAAUGACGAUGCUCGAGGCCGGAUCGGUGGUGGAGGAACUUAAGGAAAAAGAUAGGAACUUUGGAGAGGUAAAAUGGCAAUUUGCCAGGCGGGCCUGUAACAUGGCGGCCCACAACCUUGCCCACAUACAAUGUAAUUGGGAUUCUCAGGAAGAUUGGGUUGGCAGACCACCCAUCUUCCUUCUUGCUGAGUUGGACCAUGACUUUUUAAGCCAUUAAUAAAAGAACACGAUUUCUGUAAAAAAAAAAAAAGUAGUUAGUAGGUUGUUAAGGGUAAAUGGGGUAUUAUAAGAAAAUAAUUAAUGUCAUUAAUAAUUAAACAAUUGUUCUCUCUCUUAAAACUCACUAACUUAGAAUUAAAAGAAAAUUCGGAACUAUUUAAUGAAAUUCCAAUUUUAAAAAUGAAAUUCGAAAUUAAUAUUUAAUAUUUUAAAAAUAGAAAUUCCAAAUAAAAAAAGCUCACACCCCCUCUUUGUAGCGAUUUCCAUUAGCGUUAUUAAAGCUUCCAAUGAUAUUAUUAAUGUUUAUGACAAUAACUAUUAUUCAUAUAUUCCACCAUUAUUAACUAUUUUAAUAUACUUAUCAAUGCUUUACGAAAACAUUAUUAACAAUAUAGGAUGUAUUUUUACCGAUUUAUAUUUUUGUCAUCAACACUUAUGAAGAAAUAAUUAAAGUUAUACCACAUAAUUAUUAAUGAAUCUAAUAACAUUAUCAUUGAUUUACAACAUUUUUAUUAACAACUCUUCCAUAACCUUAAUAAUAUGAAUAACUCUAUCGUUGAUCUCAACAUCUUUAUUAACAAUUCACGUUUUCAAGUCAUGUUCAUAACUAACCAAUCAUGACUCUUACAAUGACUUCCAAUUACAUUAUUAAUAUUUAUGAAAUAAAUUAUUAUUGAUAUACCCAUCAUUAUUAAUUAUUUUAAUAUAUUUAUCAAUGCUUUAAUAUUAUAAGAGUUUACAUCGAAACGUUGAUAAUGACACUCUUAAUUAUUAAUAACGAAGUUGUGUUGGCAUUGAAAAUAGAAGCAAAAUAUUUUUUUAUGAAUAAAUACAAGCAAAAUCAUUGGUAAUGAUUGCAUCCAAAUGGGUAAUACCAAUAUAACAUGUUAUUAACAUUUAACAACUCUCUACUCAAAAUGUUGAUAAAGAACGUUAUAAAACCUAUUAAUAGCUAAGUUGUGUUUCGUUUAAAAUACAAACAAAAAUAUUGAUAAUGAUCAUCAACCAUACUACACAUUAUUAAUAUUUCUUUAUCAAACAUUGAUAUAUUCGUAGCCACCCAUUAAUAAUGAUACAACUUUUUAUACUAAUUAUUAGAAAAACUUUAAUAACCAUAACAUAAGUCAUUAACAAUAGCUAUAUAAAAAACACUAACAACGUUGUUGUAAUCCAUUCAAAAGAAAAGCAAAAGCGGUAAACAAUGCUUGGUUCCUAGCCAAAUUCUUGUCAAUGAAAACACAUUGACAACAAUAACUAUGAAAGGUUAAUAAUAACUACAACGAUGCAAUAACAUGAUCUGUGAAUGUAUUCCAGCCACUGUAACGUAUAGGAUAAGUUUUCCGAUUGCCAUUACAAAAUGGUAUGGCUCAACAGAAAAGCAUACGUGUUUUUCGUCAAAAAGGGUAGAUUUUAUCGGAUGUCCCCGAAGGGACAUCCGAUAAAAUCUACCAUUUUUGACGAAGGUGGCGAGAACGAGAUGCAAGUGCUCGCCAGUAAUAGAAUCAAGCUGGAAUAAACCCGACACUUCUACCUGUUGGGAUGAAUAGUUUUGAAAAGCUAUAAUGAAAUUCCUAAUUAAUU